AUGGAUUCAAAGAAGUCUAACAAAAUCAGAGAAAUCGUUAAACUUCAACAAAUCCUCAAGAAGUGGAAGAAACUCGCAACUGCUUCUUCUGCCGCGGCUGUCGCCGGAGCCGCCACCAGCGGCAGUAACAAAGGCAUGAAGUUCUUCAAAAGAACUCUGUCAUUCACCGACGUCGUUUCAGCAUGCUCCGACAGCAAUAGCGUCGUUGUGCCAAAAGGUUUUCUGGCGAUCUGCGUCGGAGAAGAGCUCAAGAGAUUCACAAUCCCGACGGAGUACUUAUCACACCCAGCAUUUCAGGUUCUACUGAGAGAAGCUGAAGAGGAAUUCGGAUUCCAUCAAGAGGGAGUACUCAAGAUUCCAUGCCACGUGUCCUUGUUCGAGAAGGUAUUGAAGGUGGUAGAAGAUAAGAGACCGAUGUUCUUCGGGGAAGAUAAGGACGGUUUUAGUUGUUAUGGAUCAGAUUGUGAGGUUACUCCCACUCAUCAUGCUGCUCAAACUUGUAGAUGAUGAUCUCUUUCUCUCUCUCUUAUUUGAUCUGUCGUCUUCUUCUUAAUCUUCAUAAUUACGAGACCAGUGAUCCUUUUCCUGGUUUUACUUUAAGAGAAACAAGGUGAAUUUCAGAGGGAAGCUAAAAGAGCUUGAAUAAUCCUUUA